CUAUCCUAUCCUAUCCCAUCCUACCCUAUUCUAUUCAGUUCUACUUUUUUGAGACAUGAUUGCAGAGGAUCCUAGAUGUAGAUGGUUUCUUCCUUUCCUUGCCACAAUUCUUCUGGGCAUCAACCCCCCCGGUGAUUGCAACUCCAUCCUUGCUGCCACAGACUUUACCCAGGACACUGAUGGUCACAUAUACCGGCCUGCCCUGCAACCCUCUGAGGCCGUCCCUGUUACAGGGACCUACACUCUGAAAACAGCUGCUGGUAAACCCUGUCUUAUAGCCACCAUGGGGAUUGAGUACAUUGUCAUUGCAAAGAAGAAGCCCUGGUAUUUCAGCCUGGACCCCGCCAGAGUGAGCACCAAUGGUUUCUGUGUCAGGGAUGCUGCCUUCCUUUCUCUCUCCCUCGCAAACAACACCGGCAACAUGACGCUCAUCUUUAAGAAGGAGGGGAACGUUACCUUUGCGACCCAGAUGACCGCUCACAUCUCUCCUCUGCCAGUCUGCGACACAUGUGCCAGUAAGAGUUACCUGGGCACGCUGGCCAAUGACAGGCUAUUCAGCGCCCCCUAUGGGUGGCGCUUCAAUUGCAACUCGGGGAGUGUGUUUGUGAUGUCGAAGGAGUUGAGGAUCAAGCUGGUUCCCCUGCGGAUACAGGCAUUCACUGGGCCUACAGGACAGUUUGGGAAACAGGUGGAGUGCUGGGCUGACUUUAACAGGAAUGUCAUUCCCAUCAUCGUCGAGGCCACGGUGAUUGGCCUCCUCCUAAUCGCUGUGUUGACCUUCCUAAUCAUCAAGGACCGGCGCAGACCGGGUUACGACCCCCUCUGACAUCAUUGCAUGAGAGACUAGUGCAUGACAGGGCUACAAACAGGAUUUGAUCAGAAUCUUUAGCAAUAUUAAUAAAAUUGAUCACAGAAAGGUGAAUCAGUUCAUCUGGACACAAUGUUUAGUGGGAGAAAUGUUUCAUCACCCAUCUAAGUGACCGCUUCAGUCUCAACUGACUGCAGGUAUCCCCACCCUUAUAAACAGCAGUCGUAUAACAACCGAAACCAACGAUUGGUUUCAUAUGUAAAUUGGCAAAUGGCCAUGUCUACUAUUCACAAAGGAUUGGGGAAUGGUUGCAGUCACCGCAUUGUAAGAUGGUGACAGAUGUAACGUUUUUCCCACUAAACAUUUUGUUCAGAUGAACUGAUUCACCUUUCUGUGAGUUCCUUACCUGGAUUAUUGAGUAGAUUACAGUAACAUCAUUUUUAUUUUGUCUUUAUGCAUGAUAAAGACAUAAUAAAAAUGAUGUUACUGUAAUCUACUUUGACAAUAUGAUGGAUAGGAGGGACAAUGAUAUCCCUUUACCUCUGUAUUCCAUAUUAGGUUUAUAGCAGAAUACGACAUCAAGGUUAUUCUCCCAAUUUUGACAAAUCAUUUGCCCUUUUAUUUUACCAAAUUAACAAAUUUAACUUAAAGUCAUAGAGCUUAGCCACAAUUUGAUAUCAAAGAGUUGAUGGUAGGAUUUUUAGAGGACCUUGUGUUCAAGGCCUCUGUCAUUUUCUCCGAGUUGUUGUGUAUUUGUAUUGUGUUGUGGUCAUGUAUUCUUACUUCAUGCACACAGAGUCCUUGUAAUUCUGUACACCAGUACAAAAUGUAGCAUAUUGGACUAAAUGAUAGUCAUAUUCAGCUUGUUUCUCUCCACAUUUGUGCAAAGAUUAUUUUCUGCAAACUCAGUCAUAGAAAAUGACAAUGUUUCUUUUGUGGUAAAUUACAGUUUGAAUAAUACAAGUCAAUGACAUGGUGCAUUUUCCUUAGAUAUCAUGCUGUAACUUUUGAACUUAUUUUUGUUAUUGCUCUCAUUCACUUCAUUAUUCUGCCUGUUUUAAAUGUAGCUAUGUUGUCCUAAUUAAUGUAAUCAGGGUGUAACAAGGACCAGGGCUAUAGGGAGAUCUAUAGGUUCUCAAGUGAUUAAUUAUUUGUUCAGUUAAUUAAUUGUUAAUUAAAUUUUGUUCAUCCAUACUCUG